CUUCAAAAUGCGCGUUUUCCGAUGUGAUCGUUUGAAUGUACACGCAAAUAGCACUUGGAUUAACAAGUAUCAGUAUACUCUUUAUCAAGAAAGUGGUGCGAAGGGGUGCAGAAAAAGUAACCGACAAAUUGGACCUAGCUGAUGUGUUGCAGAAGACACGUGACCAGUGCACCCAAUCUUGAAAGAAAAAAAAAUGCAUUUUUUUCGAAUAACAAUAUCAGUUUUCGUGACUGUCCAGUUGUUUUUAUUAGUCUGUUGUGAUUUCGAAGAUGACGAUACAUAUCCGGAAUUUGAGUUUACCAACAUUGAUCGAUCUAAUUAUGUUGAUCCUCAUGAUAUGCUCAAUUACGAUAGACCCAAAAUCAAAGCCACUUCAAAGGAAACAGCUGAAUCAAGAACACAUUGUGAUGAAUGUACUGCCAUGGUGUGUAAACCAAGUGACCAAAACUUGGAUUCCCAAGAAGAAACUGAACUUCCAGCUUUGGUUGUAGGUUCUGAAAAUUCCACACAAUUAAACCAAGAGGGCCAGGAAGCAGUUAACUGUUCAAAAAACACAACAUUGAUUGAGUUACCUUUUCUUGGACGAUUUGUUAAAACUUUAACAGUAACACUACAAAUAAAGGAUAAGCUUAUGGAAGACAAUGAUGUUCUGUAUGUACCUCUGCUAGCAGUUGUAAGUAAAAGAACACAGUUUAUUCUAAAUGAAAUCAUAAAGGAAGGAGAAGGUAUCCAGCUCAAACACUUGGCUGAUUUGGAUGAAAUUCUUACCAAUCUUCUAAUACUAAAUGAAGAAAAACAAGAUUCACCAGAUCUUUUUUCUAUUAAAAGCAUUUUCAGCAGUGAUUUACUCCAGCCUAAGGAUUGGAUUAUGGUUAUGUUUGUCUUUAGCCUUUGGUUUGUGUUGUGGCUGACGUUUAAGGGCUAUUCGUAUUCAUAUAUCUUAUCUCGAUCGUUUCUGCCGUUCUUCACCGUAUGUUGGUUCUGGCACUGGCACUACAUGCAGCAGGUGGUUUCUGCUAAACGACAUUCAGACUUGUCAAAAAAUGUCGAUAUUCCUGUAGAAUGUAAUCUGGAAAAAUUAACAGCGUGGGAUACAAUGAGGCUAUAUAUAAGUAAAAAUGUUUUGAGAAAUCCUGAUCCGUGUGAAGAAUAUUACCGAGUUUUGAUGACCGACCCCAGCUAUGAAGUAAAUCCGUUUGUCGCGCUGAUUGACAUGCUUGUGAUUGGAGUAUUUCAACCUUUGGAAUACAUCGGAACUAAAAUUGGGAGCUUUUUCGAUGGACUUCUUACGUCAACAGGAUGGCUGUACAAAAUCCCAGUUUUAGUAGUCGUUCUUCUCAUAAUUCUCAUGAUUCUUCUAAUGUGUUUUAAUUAUGAAAUCCGUCUUCCAUUUGUCAAAUUGGCCCCCUCAGCCCCAUUGCCUUUACGGCCUACAGAAGCUACUAAAAGUGUGCAGCAGUCUAUAACAGGUUCUCAUAAUGUGCAACAGGUUCCAAGAUUGGCGCCUGAACAUCACCGAAUAGUAAGUCAUCCAGCACUAAAUGUGGCUAUGGGUGAUCCCAGGCAUCAGUACGUCUAUGAAGAACAAUCUGUUACAAUAAAGCGAACAUAUUCGCAAGUGCAACCUGUUGAACAACGUGCGCAAGAAUCAGUUGAGGAUUCUCCAGAAGACUCUACUGUUCCCUCCGGAACUAUAGAAGAGCUUGCCGGUAACACACUUCCCAUCCUGAAGGCGAAUGAUGUAAAUAAUCGAAAACUCCCCCAACCUGACGAAUUGGUGUCCGCAGAUUUGGCAGAAGGGUCUGAAAAAAUAUCUGAGGAUUUCACAUCAACUGAAACAACUUGUAAAGGUAUUGAUCCCUGAUUUCAUUAAAUCCGAAAACCAUACGUUCAAAACUGCUUGCCUUUGUAUCCGCUAUAAGCAACUUCCAAUCACAAAUUUUUAUAUUCAUGUAACUCAAUAAAUGCUUUUUACUCAAUAA